AUGGCAACGGCGGCCAGCGAUCGUCAGGAGCGAGCCGCACUGGUGUUUACACGUGGCGGUUCCAUAGGGUACCUGCUGGCGAUUGCCAUCCCGUUGCUGGUGCCGGGUCGUAAUAUCUAUCUGUCGCACAAUUUCGAAGCCAACUAUGGCGUUCCGACGAACGAAACGCAGUACUUCCUGUGGUAUCAGCGCUUCAAGGCCACCAACUUUAACGUCACCGAAGCGAUCGCGAAUAACCGGCGGUUGCGACGGGACACGGGAUUCAGUAGAACGUACUUCUACGGCCAGCUGAUGGAGCGGAUGGAUCUGUACGGCCUGAACGGAACCGGAUGCAUGCAGCGCAUGGUGUGCGAAAUGCGCGAGACCCCAGUCGGGGACCAUAACGGGGUUUUUGGUGAUGUAAUCGAGGCGAUCUUCAGCCCCUCAUCGUCGGUUGAUGAGGAUCUCCCGGCGAUGUACUACGAGGCCGAGUCGAGUGGUGCCAAUGAGGGAUGCGACCAGUAUCGGCCGUUUUGCGCAAUCGAUCUGCUCGGACUGGUAUCGAUCGUGCUCGAGGUGUAG